AUGGAGCGCCAUCCCGUCGACUUGGAAUUCGACGACUUGUGCCUUUUUAAUUUUGAGAGGGUCCCGGAACAGGGCCUUCCCUAUCAUCAUUAUUUGGAUCAAAAUCCUAACCCACCACCUAAUCAACACUAUUCGGAGGCCACCAUGCAAUUCCACGAGCCUAUGGACCAAUUUUCUGCUAUGGACGUGCCAACGACUUCACGCCAGCUACCUCCUAUUCAAUUACCCCCUCCUGUUCAACAACAUCAACCACCACCACACCCGCUCCCGCAAUAUUCUCAACACUAUCAAAUGCCGCCGCCACCUCAUUACCAAUAUGAGCCACAAGCGAUGCCUUACCAGGAACCCCUACCUCAAAAGCCGCCCAUGCAGGCACAGAAAUCAGCGUGCUCCAAGACAACUGUCGAACCAAUCUAUCCGUGGGAUAUGCCCCGCCGAAGCCCCCCACCUAAUGUCAACCUUGGGCCCGACACUCCUGGACAUGUUCUGAUAGCUCUCAAACCUGGCGAAAAGCCCCCGCCCAUCACGGAUAAGUACUACAAGUUGAACAUACAAUCGUAUGCCCCAGAUGUAGUCGUCCCUGGCAUCACCGAUCAGCCAAAUUACAAGCCUGCCCCUGAACCAAAAUUCCCUCCAGCACCCAAGUCCCUCAAGAAACCGUCUCCCUAUCCCCAAUGCCGACCGUCAACUUCUCGCCAGAAGCGCUCCGCAUCUAUCGAUGAUGAGGGGAAAUUCGCCAAGCCGAUUCUAUACCUGCGGCGCAAAUCCCAUACCCCUAUAUCGCCACUGGCCAAGCCAACAACCCCUGCCGAUGCACAAGUUAUUUCGCUUCCUCAAACAAAUCGAGCGCCUGGCCAGCAACCUCCUUUGCAAUUAUCCAUCAACAAUAUGCCGGGCGGGAUUCGGAAGGCAGCUUCUUUGGAAUCUGGAUCUGACUCGUCAAUCUCACCGGAAGGCACACCGUCACCACCUCAGAAGACUAGUACUUCAGAAUCUUCACAAACUUCCAAUAAGGCCGAAGCAGGUUCGUUUCUGCGAACGCUCAUUGCCCAGCCUGAAAGCCCUAAGCCCGGGCCCUCGAAUGCGACUCUAGCUCGCCCUUCCGAACUAGCGAAUCCCGGGAAAAGAACAUUUGAGGUAGUGGAUGACAGUGAGGUCGGGCAGCUUGUUAGCAAACUCGCGAAAUACGACCAACGCGUCUUGGAAGCUGCCUUGGCUAAAAGUGCCGAAUUGAAGAAGCAGCAAGGCCAAAUGCCUUCCGAUGCUCAACAAGUAAUAGAGCCAGCCGCCGCUGCAAGAGCCAUUCUUCCAGCAGCUGCUCCAGCACCAGCCCCCGCUCCAGUCCCUGCGCCACGACCACCUCCUCCAGCCCAUCCUCCUCUGAACGCCUUCACAUUCAUGACCCUUGCAAAGCGAUGCCCUCAAGCGCUGCUAAUGAACAAAACUCUCCUCCCGGCAACUGCCAUUGCAAUGCUUAAACAACAGUAUUUUGUGAACACCAUGGAAAGAGCUGCUGAGUUCCAACAGGGAUCUGGAGACCAAAGGCCUUUAGAGGAAAUUGCCGUAGCUGUUCAGGAGAAUGAUGUGCGCCUGCUUAUCGCUCACAGAGCAAGAAUUGGAGCUCCGGUGGAAGCCAAUCAGCAACAGCCUUCAACGUCCAGACAGCCGACUCCAGCUGAUAGUGCUGCGAAGCCAAGCUCUACGGAACCUUCGCAACCAAAAGACUCAGGUCCCAAGGAAGUGAUUGAUUUAACCGAUGAACCGGGCCCUUCGACAUCCCGGCAAGAUUUUGACGGCAGCGAGUUCCUGUUUGGGCCUUCCCUGGACAACAUCUACGGGAACCAGCAGGGUUCUAAUCAAAACCAGUCGCCAUUUGUGAAAAUGGCCACCGAUGAGGACUGGCCAUCUCAGAGUGAACCCGAAUUGGCGCGAAAUCGUCAAAAUGCGCCGAAUUUGCCCGUUCCUGGAGAUGCCCGGCAGGUGGAGGAAUACGUCUUCCAGAAAUGUGUAUCAAAGGACGAGUAUAUGCGGACAAUCGCCAAGGUGAUCAACGCAAUCAACUGCAACAGCAAGUCGGCAGCAGCUCCCCCACAACUUCAGCCAGCCCCUUUCCCAUCACCCGGUCAGACGCCAAACGGUGUUCCAGGUGGUCCUCAGUAUCGAACAGCCCCGGUGCCACCAGAUCCUCAGCCAACACAUGCACGGCAACAAAACGGAACUGCAGCCCUGUCCACCCCUCCUACAAGUAUUCCGCCGACAGUCCAAGCCGUACAGCCUCCCCCCGGUGGUACGAUGGGUCAACCUCCGCCUCAAAUGGGUACCGGACCGCCAGUAGGCCCUGGAUUUGGCCAAACGCCGCCGGCCGACUACAAUCCCCAGAUGAUUGGUGGGCAGCCACCAUAUCAGCAACCAUACCAACCACAUAUGGUUAAGCGAGAGACAAUGACACCAGCUCCUUAUGCUCCACCGAUGGCAAAUCCGAUGCGACCAAUGGACGUACAGGGACGACAUUACCCACCUCCAUCUACUCCUCACCAACCAUACGGUAUGGACACCGGGUAUGCACCUCCAAACCAUGGCCGAAGUGUUCUUGAGAGCCUCAUCAGCACCCCACAGGUUCAGCCGCAAAGCAGCUACCCCCAGGCAAACAACAUGGUCGGUCAAAUGCCCAACGACGGCCGAAUGGGAGUACCCCAGCAUUCAAAUGUGCGCAUGGCAAAUGGCCCCGGGCAACCAGCCCACGUUUCAAAUGAUGCUCCUUCAACACCACAGGAACAAGCCGAAUACCAACGAAAGUUGGAAACGCUGAAACCUUACUGCCAUAAUCUGCGCAUCCGUGCGCAUCAAUGUAGGAUGGAAGGCAAUCCAGAAGCGGCUGGCAAAUUGGAGACGAUGUUGGGUGUACUAGAAGCACGAAGAGUGGUCUCCUUGGAAUACCUCUCCAACCUUGAGUCGUGGAUCCACAAGAAGGCCGAUUUCCUGGGCACGGUGCCGAUGAUGCCUCCUGGACCUGCAAUGCAAAAUAUGGAUACGAUGAUGCAUGAUCCGAUGCAACAACAAUACGGCUACGGUAUGCCGCCAUCCGGUAUGUGGGGCCCUCCUUCUGGACAUCAGAUGAUGAUGCAACCUCAAUAUGGUCAUCCUCACCAAAUGGGACCCGGUGGUGGACCAAUGCAUGGAGGCUACCAACACGAUCGGGUCGAACAUCAUCGACCAUAUCCAAUGUCGCGACCAUCGCAAAUGCCGCAAACUCAUCCGAUGAGCCAACCACAAACGAUCCCGCAGAAUGGUGGACCACCGGUCGCAUCACCGAUGUCCACCGGUUCCCUGCCAACACCACCAUGCCCGGUCCCCUCAAAUCAACAUUAUCAUCAGAACGGCGCCGAAGAAUUCUACGGGCUGGUAGACGAUCUGCUGCCCGCUCCACUGGAAAGCCGCGGCGGACCCGGGGUUCAAAGCAGGCAGCAAUCGACUCAGCGGCCGGCUGCGAUGCUUCCCGAAACGGCACGAGCAGAGUUGAACGGGCUGCGCGAUAGAUUUGAGGCUGACUACAAUUCGAUCGAGGCCCACGACGGCAAUUCGGUGGUUGUAAAAGUUAAGCUGAAGGCGUACCAGAAUUUGCCUCUCCUCCGUCUUGUCAUUCCGAUGCACUACCCGAACGGAAUGAUUUUAGUGCAAAGGGCAGCAUUAACGAUAGAUUCAUACUUGUACGAUGAUCUGCAAAAUGCUGUGCAUGAACGAUUGGGAGCACCGGAGUUGAGGACGAUAACACAAUUUUUGGAGACUUGGGAAAACACGGUGUACUACUCGAUGAACAACCAAGGUGCCCAAUCAACAGCCUUUGAUGAUAUCUUCUCAACCUAUGACAGUAUCAUCAGC